AUGAUGAUGAUGAUGCUGAGAGGGUGUCUUUUGCUCUUUUGGGGAUGUGGGGCCUCAGCUUUUCUGUCAGAGCCUUCAGUCUCACCGAGAAUUCCUACUCUUGACCAUAAAACAGCCUUUUCUAUUUCAAAUCAACCAUGGAGGCGAAGAGAUAACUUGAAUGAUGAUAUUCGUUUUAGUAACCAGAAGUGCCACGUGCCAACAGCCUUGGCCAUGUCAGUUUCGACUCCUAUCAUUGCUGUUGAUGAGAACGCAAACCGCGAAAUUGGUAGCUUUGAAGAAUGGGCCGUUGCUUGUGGCGUACAAGUGGCAGAUGGAUUCCAAUUGAUGGUGACCUCCCAAGACCCAUCUUUGGAUGUGGGCGUUUACACGUCUAUGGAUCUGCCAAAGGAUACGCCCGUCUUGUUUGUUCCAAAUGAAGUGACACUGUCGGCCAAUCGUGCCAAGGAAGAGUUUGGGACAAUCACAGAUGCAGAAGAUUUGUUUGUCCAGCUAAAUGCCUACGAUCAAGUCCAACGAUUUUAUUUGUUUCUCAAGAUUUUGAAGGAAUAUGAACUUGGUGAUCAAUCUCCAUGGUAUCCAUGGUUGAAUUCCUUGCCACGAUACUUUUCUACUGGGGCCUCCAUGACGCAUUAUUGCUGUACGGAAUGUCUUCCACCGUUGGUUGGAAGCUUGGCUCUCAAGGAAAAGACCCGAUUCAAGCAAUUCUUCAAGGCUUUAGAUUUUUGCUACUUCUUGUCACCAGAAACUAGAGGAAAUAAGGAAAUUGCCAAAUGGGCAUACAAUGUUUGCUUAACGAGGUCCUUUCAGGAUGGACACGGGGACUACAAGGUAGCUCCCAUGGCAGACAUGUUCAAUCAUGAUUCGACAUAUGAAAUUCAAGGCCGAUACGACGACGACGGCAACUUUUAUGCCACCACCCUUUACGACGUCCCUGCCGGAACACCUUUGCGCAUGUCAUACACGGCUGGAGACAACUCCAACCCUUCCUUCCUUUUUGCCCGCUAUGGUUUCCUGGAUCACUCAUCGCCGGCCACCUUUUGCAAAAUUUUGGUUCCCAAUCCAUCCCCCCAAUUGAUUGAAAUGGGAUACAAUCCUUCGCGAAUGCUCUUUUACAAGGAGACGGGAGAUGUUUCCCAAGAAGUUUGGGAUGUUUUACUUUAUCAAAUCUUGGAGGCCUCGAACAAUGUUCAACAACUCCAGGCUCUGUAUCAAGCCCACGUGAGUGGCGAUGAACAAACCAAGCAGGCCAUUCAUGACGAACAUUAUGGGGAAACCUUGACGGCCCUUCGGAAUCACGUUGAUGGGUUUUUGAUGCAGUUGGACGAGCUAUCGGCCAAGGCGCAAGGACGGGAUUUGAAUGUUCAUCCUCGAUUGCCAUUGAUUCUGCAACACAAUCAAUUUGUCAGGGAAACCUUUUUGCGGGUUCAAGCCAAUCUCAAUCAAUAA